UUUGUGUAUUCUUGUAUUGAGAAGCAUAAUGAGGUCCUCUAGCCAAGCUAUAAUCUUCCUCAUGGCUGCCUUUUUGGUGCUGUUUCUCAUUGCACCAGCUUCAGAUGCUGCAGUUACAUGCGGCGAUGUAGCCAAGGAGAUUGGCCCUUGCGUUAACUACCUGAGGUCAGGCAGUGGGGCGCCACCUGCUUCUUGCUGUGGAGGAGUUAAAGCUCUAGCAGCUUCUGCAACAACUACACCAGAUAAACAGGCUGCUUGUGCUUGCCUUAAGACUCAAUCCAAGAAUCUGAACAUCAAACCUGAGCUAGCUAAGGCUCUUCCAGGAAAUUGCGGAGUCAGCUUGCCUUAUCCUAUCUCCCCGAAUUUUGAUUGUACCACGAUCCGCUGAUUCUGAGGCAGCUCCGCAGAGGAUAAAUGCUUCUCUUUUGUAUGAAGAAGCAAAGUACGAUGAUGCCGGUCUUAUUUACAUUACGAUGAUGUUGGUUCUCUUUAUCUAGUCAUAUUAUGAAUUUUGCUGGACUUAUAUCCUUGCUGUCUUGUACUGUGAAAUAAAGCAUCGCAA